AAUAACCCUUAUAUAUCCAAACACAAAGUAUUCGGAAAACAUUGAAAGUUUUUUUUUCCAUUUCCUUCCAAUUCCAUAUAUAUAUAUAUAUAUAUAGUUCUUAGCCGCAAUGGCAAGAAAUUCUUCACCUCCUAGUCUCCGAUGCCUCGUUCUAGGCUUAUUUCUCGUCACGUUGCGAAAUUUCGUCGAGGAAGUAGAAGCGGCUCGGGCCUUUUUCGUGUUCGGGGAUUCCAUCGUGGACAACGGCAACAAUGAUUACUUGGCCACGACGGCUCGGGCGGAUAGACCGCCUUACGGCAUUGACUAUCCUCCCGGCCCGACUGGCCGCUUCUCCAACGGGCUAAACAUCCCUGAUUUCAUCAGCCAAGAACUUGGAUCGGAGCCAACGUUGCCGUACUUGAGCCCGGAACUCACGGGCGAGAGGCUUCUCGUCGGAGCGAAUUUCGCUUCUGCCGGAAUCGGCAUCCUUAACGACACCGGCAUUCAAUUCGUGAGCAUAAUAAGGAUGUACCAACAGUUCGAGUACUUCGAGCAAUACCAAAGGAGAGUGAGCGCGCUGAUCGGAGAGGAGCAGACGCAUCGGCUCGUCGCCGGAUCCCUCGUCCUCAUCUGCGUCGGCGGCAACGAUUUCGUCAACAACUACUUCUUGGUUCCAUAUUCUCUCAGAUCUCAACAGUUCUCGAUCCCCGACUACGUUGUUUAUCUUCUCUCUGAAUACAGAAAGAUCCUCAUUAGACUGUAUGAGUUGGGAGCGAGGAGGAUUCUGGUGCUGGGGACAGGGCCAAUAGGGUGUGUGCCGGCACAGCUUGCUCAACGCAGCCGCAACGGAGAGUGCGUGGCCGAGACCCAACGAGCCGCUGCGUUAUACAAUCCACAGCUCAGCCAGAUGCUUCAGGAUCUCAACAGCCAGCUCGGUGACAAUGUUUUCAUCUCCGGUAACAUUAACGACAUGCAGGACGAUUUCAUCACUAACCCUUCUGCCUUUGGGUUUGAGGAUUCGAAAACGGCGUGUUGCGGGCAAGGACGGUACAACGGGGUGGGGCUAUGCACCGCGGUAUCGAACUUGUGUCCGAACCGGGAUGUGUACGCGUGGUGGGACCCGUACCAUCCGACGGAGAGGGCCAACGGAAUCAUAGUCAGGAGGAUCAUGACCGGAUCCACCAAGUACAUGAACCCUAUGAACCUCAGCACCGUUAUUGCCCUCGACUCCAAGAUCUAGUUUCUUGAAUCGGCGCGUUAGCUGCAAUCGCCCUGUCAGAGUAUAGUGUCAUUGUUGAUUAUAUAUGAGUAUCAUGAAACGUCAUCGUAUCGAUGUUUUUAUUUUAACUACAUUGUGAUCUUCUGAGAUGUAUGUACGAACAUGAACAAGAGUGGUUUUGUGUA